UCAGGGCCUUAUCCUGAUAUAGUUUUUUUUCCGUUAUAUAUUCCCAAAAAAAAAAAAUAACGGGGAUUUCCACUGUCCUCGGAGUCGGAGAAAAUUAGAAACCGUGACGGUGAGAGAAAUCCAUUCGAAUGAUCUACUUUUCAUGGCCUUCAUCCCUCUUUCUCUCUGUACUCCAUCACUCCCUCAAGAACUUGACCAAACCAUGCCCACUCUCAAUGCCCUCCUUCUCAUCACCCAAAAGAAAAACCCCAAUUCCUAGACUCUUUACCAUGGCACAGAGCCACCUCCAAUGCCCCAACCUCCAUGAAAACCGUAAGGGAAAUACAUGCCCAUCUUAUUGUUACAGGCCUUUACACACAGUCAUCUGCCAUGGCCAAGCUCCUAAGCUAUUGUGCCAUGUCCACAGUCUCUUUAGCCUAUGCGCACCUCAUCUUCGAUCAAAUUCAAAACCCCAGUAUCCAUUCAUGGAACACCAUGAUCAGAGGCUUCUCACAAAGCAGCAAACCCAAAGAAGCUCUCUCUCUCUACUGUAAAUUGCAUCGAAGCUCUCUCUCACCUGACAAUUAUACAUUCCCCUUUGUUCUCACUGCCUGCGCUCGCAUCCCGGCUCUUUUCGAAGGCCUUCAAAUCCAUGGCCAAGCACUAAAGCUUGGGUUUUACCCAACCCUCUAUGUUCAAAAUGUGCUGAUAAGUAUGUACUCGAAUUGCUGUUGUUUGAAUUAUGCACAAAAAGUAUUCGAUGAAAUGCAUAAUAGAGAUAUAGUUUCCUGGAACACUUUGAUAACAGGUUAUAGCCAUGCCAAUAUGUCCAGAGAGGUGUUGGGUUUGUUCUAUAAGGUGCAGGCUGAGGCCUUGGAAGCUGAUUCAGUCACCAUGGUUAAAGUGGUCUCAGCUUGCACUCGCUUGCAAGAUUGGGCAACUGGUCAGGCCAUGGCCGACUAUAUUGAAGAGAGAAAAGUAAGGAUAGAUGUCUAUCUUGGCAACACUUUGAUAGACAUGUAUGGUCGACAAUGCUUGACUGUGGAGGCCCAAAGGGUCUUCGACAAAAUGCUUGAUAGGAAUGUGGUCUCGUGGAAUGCUCUGAUCACUUCUUAUGCGAAGGCAGGGAACUUGCAUAAGGCUCGAUCGCUAUUUGAUGAGAUGCCCCAACAAGACUUGAUCUCUUGGACAGCUAUAAUUGUUGGUUAUUCCCAAGCAAGCCAAUUCUCUGAGGCCAUUACCCUCUUUAGAGAGAUGAGGCUCAAAGGAGUGAAGCCUGACAAUUUCACGAUUGCGAGCGUUCUAUCAGCUUGUGGCCAUCUAGGGGCUCUAAGCAUAGGCCGGUGGGUCCAUGCUUGUAUAGAUGAGUGUGGUUUAAGACCCGAUAUACAUGUAGGCAAUGCGUUAAUCGACAUGUAUUGCAAGUGUGGAGACACCACGUCGGGGCUGCAAGUCUUUCAGGGCAUGAUAGAGAAGGACUUACUAACAUGGAAUUCUAUUAUUUUAGGAUUGGCCCUCAAUGGGCAUGCUAGAGAAGCUCUAGAAUUCUUUUCGAAGAUAGUAGAAAGCGGAGUUCGCCCUAAUGGGGUGACCUUCCUUGGUGUCCUGUUUGCUUGUACUCACAAAGGUUUAAUUGAUUUGGGGUGGCUCCACUUUGAAAGCAUGGAGGAGGUCUAUGGGGUGGUGCCUGAUAUGAAGCACUAUGGUUGCAUGGUGGACCUUUUAAGUCGAGCUGGGGACCUUGACAGUGCGUAUAAAUUCGUUGAGAGAAUCCCCAUCCAGCCAGACCCAGUGGUUUGGCGAACCUUGUUAAGUGCUUGUGCAAUCUAUGGUAAUGUAAGCCUAGCUGAGAUCACCAUGGAGAAGCUUUUAGAGUUAGAGCCAAGCAAUAGUGGGAAUUAUAUAUUGUUAUCGAAUGUUUAUUCGACGGCUGGUAGGUGGGAAGAUGCAAUGAGCAUCAGGAAGUUGAUGAAGGAUGGCGAUGUGCAGAAGGCUCCUGGUUGUAGCUCGAUUGAGGUGGAUGACAAGGUCGACGAACCCAAGAUUGAACACAAUAUAUGAGAAAGAAGUUAGGGGGGGUUUAUGAUUUCUUGGUUAGAUAUGGAGUUUGAAUCUGUUGGCCACGGGGUCACAGCGGGACUAAUGUUAUAUUAAUUUUUAUCAGAGAAAAGAUGGUAUUUGGCCAUGGCAUUGGCAUUUGCCUUAGCGGUUAGGGCGUUGAGGGCUGCAGCACUAACCAUUUAAAUGUACUACUACAGAAGCAAACUCCAUCUUCCAAAGUCUUAGAGAUGAAUUUCGGAUCCAAAAUUUUAUAGGUCUAUCAUCUCGACCACAAUGAUUAUGAUUUGGGAGAAAUUAAAUUCUAAACACCGAAAAUGGUCUAUCGUUAACUGUUUUUUGUUUAACCAUUUGCUUCCAUUUUGUAAAGAUCAUUGGCUUUGCAAUAUUUGUGGAACUCCAUAUUUAUGGA